AUGGAGUCACUUCUACUUGGCGAGGGUAAAACCUUCGGUUUACAAUAUGUUUUUCUUGCAAUAGCGCCUUUGAUCCUCUACUUUUUCAUGUAUAGAGAUAGUCUUCAUGAGGGCUUUCCAACUGCCGGACUGUCUCCCGGGGGGGAUCGCGACCUCCAAAAGGCCCGUGAGAGAUGGCUUGUGGACGGUCCCAACAUCCUUCGCGAGGGGCUCAAGAAGUUCUCCGGUUGUUUCCAGGUGAUCACAACUUCAGGACCAAAGAUCGUCCUGCCUGGCAAAUUUGCAGAUGAGAUCCGAAACGAUACCAGAAUGGAUUUCAGGAGGGCCAUUCACAAGGAAUUCUUUGGUAGUUAUCCCGGAUUUGAGAUGUUCGCUGCCGGCCCCCAAGAUCGGAUACUUGUGGAUAUGGUGAGAGGGAGAUUGACUCAAUCUCUGAACUUCAUCACAACAGACCUGGCCGAGGAGACCGCACAGGCGAUGGACCACCUUCUUGGCGCCCCCAAGGACUGGACGGAGUGUCAGUUCAAGUCAGUGCUCUUACUGGUAGCCCGCGUUUCAUCCCGUGUAUUUGUCGGCCCCGAGUUGUGCGCGAACCAAGAAUGGUUGGAUGUUUCAGUCAACUAUACUGUUCACGCCAUAGUUGCCGCCGAGGCUUUGACAAAGUGGCCGUCUUUCCUCCGACCUUUCGUUCAUUGGUUUCUGCCCGAAAUUCGAAACCUGAAGGCAGAGGCUUCUCGUGCGCGACAGAUCAUCAAGCCAGUCUUUGCCAAGCGGAGGGAAGACAAUCGCAUUGCUCACGAUGCAGGUGAGAAAACCACAAAGGUUGCCGACACCAUUAGAUGGCUGGAUGAGGUCGCCAAGGGUCAGGCUUAUGAUGAUGGUCUCGCACAGCUUGGACUUUCAUUUGCCGCAAUUCACACAACCUCGGAGCUGCUAAGUGGUAUCAUCUCUGACCUCUGCGACCAUCCCCAGUGGUUCGAACCUUUGCGAGAGGAGAUGUGUUUGGCGAUAAAAACACACGGUUGGUCUAAGAAGGCUUUGCAAGACAUGAAGCUCACAGAUAGCAUGAUGAAAGAGUCCCAACGUCAUCACCUGGGAGACAUUGCGGCAAUGCACCGUGUGGCAUCAACAACGAUUGAACUUUCCGACGGAACUCGUAUUCCCCAAGGUGCCUACACAAUGGUUGCACUUGACAAGAUGGAAGACCCUGCUAUGUUUGAUGAUGCUUCUGGCUACCAUCCGCGGCGGUUCCUAGACAUGCGUCAACAACCAGGACAGGAGAACAAGUGGCAAUUCGUGACGACCGGACCAGAACACUUGGCCUUUGGUCAUGGUCUGCACUCCUGCCCUGGGCGAUUCUUCGCGUCCAACGAGAUCAAGGCCAUCCUGGUCUAUCUCCUGACCAAGUACGAAUGGAAAUGGGCUACGAAUGGACGUAAAGAAGAUUCAUUCAGCGGCCUGUUUGCUUCGGCGGACCCUACCGCCACAGCUGUGAUCAGAGCCAGAGAUUUUGAAAUCUCUCUUUGA